AGCGAACAUAAUACGACACGUCCUGCGAGAAAGCGUGUCGUUUCGGGACAGUUUAUUCAGACGAAAAUGGUUCGUAAAUUAAAGUUUCACGAGCAGAAGCUCUUAAAGAAAGUAGAUUUUAUUAAUUGGGAAGUGGAUAAUAAUCUGCACGAGGUGAAAAUUUUGCGGAAAUUCCGCAUCGAGAAGAGGGAAGAUUACACCAAGUACAACAAACUGAGUCGCAACAUCCGGGAACUGGCGCAGAAAAUCCGCGACCUGGAUGAGAAAGAUGGCUUCAGAGCUCAGAGCACGGCGCAGCUGCUGGAGAAACUCUACAGCGCUGGCCUGAUCCCCACCAAACAGAGUCUGGCUCUCGCUAACAACGUCACGGCUUCAUCCUUCUGCAGGAGACGGUUGCCGUGGGUGAUGCUGAAACUGCGCAUGGCUCAGAACAUGAAGAACGCCAUCACUUUCAUCGAACAGGGACACAUUCGUGUAGGACCGGAGAUCAUCACAGAUCCCGCGUUUCUGGUCACAAGGAACAUGGAGGACUUUGUGACCUGGGUGGACUCAUCCAAGAUCAAGCAACAUGUCAUGAAUUACAAUGAAGAGCGAGAUGACUUUGAUCUCGUGGUUUAAAGCUGCUGUCGUGAUUUCAGCCAUCAGCGGAAUCGGAGCAGGGACUCGGGAGCUGCUCGGGAUCUGCACUCAGACGAACAACGUGGAGAGCAAACACACACCAUCAACACAUUCCUGCGAAGAAACACAUUCACACACGUGAACAGGAGAGUGUUCCAUUUAGAGAGUUUACACACUGCUCUCGUGUUGUAAGGUGAAAGAGAUUUGAUAUGAAGAUAAAAUUUUGAACGUUGUCAUGGACAGUUUAGAAAGCACGUUUUCCGUCUAAAUAUAAACAUCUUUAUUUAAACACUGUGGAAUAUUUUAUUUUUAACAUGACGAUGCAUUACAUUAUUUCAGGUAACGGAUAUUGUUCAAGAAUGGUCAUGUUUUGUUUGUGAUAAUUGAAAGAAAAAAAUUGUUUCUUCAAAGAUGUAAAUUUAAAUGAAGGUCAUAUCAGAGCUGUCUGUCAUAGCGCUGUGUCCCCCGCUCAGUCCGUUAGCUCGCAUGCUAAUGUUCAGGAUAAAGAACUGCUUCAUAAAACACGUUUUAAUAGAACGGUCCAAACUCCGUGGCGUUUCAAAUAUGUCCAUACUGUCCAUACCGUACGUGAAGCUCAAAGACAUCAUCGUUUGCUUAAAUAAAAUUCUCCAAACAAAGCCCGAAGAGGCGAUCAGCUCAGUGGUGUCUUUCGAAAGUAGCACCUUGCGAAAUUGCAUCUAACUUUAAAAAGGCCACAGAGUUAACCUAAUUAAAUGCCUGCUGAAAUUUGAUUGGCUGAAGGUGGUCAUGUGUUUAGUGUAAUCUGGUCAUCAGUAUAAACUCACAGAUUAGAGCAAAGAGAAAGUUCAUCAAAUUCCAGCUCUGAAAACAAAUACAUUCCUUGAGUUGCCUUUUAAGGGGGGAAAAAAAGGGUGGAGCUUGUUUCAGGGCCAGAAAUACACAUGUAUCAAUAAAGAAUAAAGACAUGAGCCAAAUGUUCUACAUGGAAAUAUUAAAACGACUAAUGUUU